AUGGGCAAUUCGAGCCUCGAGUUCUUGGACGUCAGACUGCUCUUUUUGCUGUCCAUGUUUUGCAUGGCAAGUGGUUUCGGUAGAGGAGUCAAAGCAGACGGAAGAAGCCUCUUGCAGCAUCACGUGGCUAAGAGCUCUAAUCUUUUCAACGUCAAGAGCUUCGGCGCCCGAGCAGAUGGCCGAACUGAUGACAGCGAUGCAUUCACAGCGGCAUGGAAGGAGGCAUGCCACUCCACAGGUAGAGUCCACCUUAUAAUACCGAAAGGAACUUACACGAUCGGCCCUCUGAGAUUCUCCGGCCCCUGCGUAAAUGUUACGUCUCUGAAUUUUCGUGUGAAGGGUUACUUGAAGGCUACAACUGACUUGCGCAAGUAUGGAUCGGGUGGUGGUUGGAUUGAAUUCGCGUGGAUGAAGGGGCUAACCUUGACCGGAGGUGGAACCUUUGAUGGCCGAGGGGCUCAUGCCUGGCCUCACAACAAGUGCGUCACCAACUCCAACUGCAAACUUCUUCCAACUAACUUGAAAUUUGUGGCACUUAACAAGACAGUUAUCCGCGGCUUAACUUCCGUGAACAGCAAGUUCUUUCACAUAGCUCUUGUAGAAUGUCACAACUUCAAAGGUAGCAGGCUCAAGAUUUCAGCGCCGGAAACUAGCCCUAACACAGAUGGAAUCCACAUCGAGCGAAGCUCUAGCGUCUACUUCUCUUCGUCGCGCAUUGCUACUGGUGAUGACUGCAUCUCAGUUGGACAAGGAAACUCUCAGAUCACCAUAACAAGCAUCACUUGUGGACCUGGUCAUGGCAUCAGUGUGGGAAGUCUAGGAAAAUAUCCGGACGAAAGAGAUGUCAGUGGACUCGUAGUGAAGGACUGCACCAUGACAGGCACCGCCAAUGGAAUUAGGAUCAAGACAUGGGCUAACUCUCCAGGAAGCAGUGCUGCCACGAAUAUGACAUUCGAAAACAUUGUCAUGAACAACGUGACUAAUCCGAUCAUAAUCGAUCAGUCCUAUUGUCCAUUCACCGCUUGCACUUCUAAGGCACCAUCUAGAGUGAAGCUGAGUGACAUAUACUUCAAGAACAUAAGAGGAACUUCGUCGUCGGAGAUGGCGGUUUUACUUGAAUGCAGCAAAGGGAUUCCAUGCCAGAAUAUUUUCCUUGAAGAUGUUCACUUGGAUUUGUCAUCCGGAGAGAAACUAGCCACUUCAAGUUGCAGUAAUGUUAAAGCUAAAUUUAUUGGCACCCAAAUCCCACCACCUUGUAUUUAA